GCUUUUAAUGCUCAACUCAGAAUACGUAUAUUUCACGAUCGAGUACAUCAAGAAAAUAAAAACCAUACACAGCUCAACUUAGUCUCUGACGUUAUUCUAAGAAAAUUUUUGACUCUGCUGAGAUUGAUUCAAUUUUUACAGAUAAAAUUCCAUCGAAAGAUGGUCAUUUACAAAUUCACGGAGACUGGAUCUGAACAGGAUGGCAUCAGUAGUGCGGUAUGGCGCGAGCUGGAAAGAGAAAUCCAGCGGAGGGAAAUAUAUGAGCGGGCAACUCGUAGACGCGAACAAGAAGAACAGAAGGAAAACCUGAGAAAGCAAUUUGACAUAAUGAAAUUGUUGCAUCCACUGGAAUUCUCAUCACACAAUCCCACAGAGGGCAGUCGUGGGGGUUUCAGUAAAGGCAGCACUCAUGAAAAUGCAUCCGUCAACUCGACGACCCCCUUCAUUGACCCCUACGCCACAGGUGAUCAUCGGAGCAAUGCAGGAAUGAAUUGGGAUGCCACAGGGAGACUUCGGGGAUCUCCUGAACUGACAGUACCCCAAGACGGAUGUGAUGAUUGGGUCCUUGCAGGCGACGCGAAAAACUGUUCAUUCACCACAGAGAAGGAUUUUUGUGACACCACAAACGACACACCAAUGAGUCACAGGAAGCUUCCCGCUGAAGCUCUUGCUGCAUUACGUGUCCCUCCACCAGAAAUUCACUGGCCUCAAAGUGAUGCUGUGCGUCACAUUUUGGAAGAAGAGGAUGAACAUGAUGCAGCUUUAUUCGCUCUUCAAAUUUCACAUGCGUCAAUGGAUGAAGAAGCCCUGACAGCAGAGAGAAAAAUCGUCGCCCCGAUCAUUAUUGGCAAUAUUGAAACUGGAGCUCAGCGAGAACAUUAUCACGCCUCAGACAGCAUCCAAGAUCAUCAUGCCGAUUUCAUAAGAGCUACAAAUCCACGAGCUACCUUGUGCCCUGAAGACCCACAAAACCGCAAAACAGUUACUUUCACGGAUCUUGGAUGCCGAACCACCUCAGCCAUGGAGUCUCUUGCGCAAAACACGAAAACUGAUACCAGUACGGAUACAGAACUGGAUCGUCGGCAUGGAGGCGAAAGGAACACGAAAGCGAUUUCAAAAAAAACAGCAGCAGCGAUCGAAAACAAGGUUCUGAAUCGGAUCGAGAGGGCAGUUGACCUGGGAUUGCGGAUACGCAUGCUAUCACGAGUGUCACAAAUUGAAGAGCUAGCAAAUGAUGCAUGAUUUUCAGGCGAAGCGGCUCUAUUCGUCAUUCUUCGUUUUUUGUCCAUUUUGCCAGAGUUUGAGUUCCUUCCCCCAAUGGUUUAUCAAUUUAUUUCGUUGACUGACCGCUGAUGGAAUAUUAAAUUUUUUGAGAUCGCGA